GAUUAUUAUGGAAAAUAAAACUGACAUACAGUAUACAGUGUAUUUCUCUAUGCAAUGUAUGUUGUCUUCAUAGAAGUGACCUAAAGUUUCUAUGCCGCUAAAACGCACAGGGAGAACACGUGUAUUUGCCCGGAAAACGGAUGGAGUUAGCUACUAUAGUGCGUGUUGUGUCCUGCCCUUCCUAGUACUAUGCUCAAAUUCAUAGCGCGGAACAGCAUCUUCUUUCACUCUUGUUGAUACUUGCUGCGACCACUCGAACAUUGGACGAUAUUACUUUAUUGAAUGCACAGGAAUUAAUCGUUAUUCCUACUAGCUGGAUUGAAAUAUAUAGUCUUCUAUAUGUAGGCUAUAGGAAAGUUGGACUUGUAAUUAUGAUGGGAUAUUUCUAAAUAUUGUACAUGCGGCUCACUAGCCUUUUAUUACAGCUGGCGUACCUGGCGCAUGCAGUGAAGUGGACAUGAUGUCUGAUUUAGGUUUCACAUACGCGGCGCUCGCAAUGUUUAUGCUGACCUUCGCCGUUGCCGUUGAAGGGAUCCCCUACGCUGAUGUGAACGUGAAUGAGACUGCUCAACCAGGUUCCAGUGGCCCUGGUCAUUGGGACCGUCGGCUGGAGCUGUCCACAGUGUGGAACUGCACCCCAGGCUUGCCCUGCAGCACAUUUGUUCGCACCCAGGUUCAAGUGCCUGCCAAAGUGAAAAAAGUAAACAUUGAAUGCUUUGACCUCGCCGAAAGCACAUUUAAACAAAAGUCAUGGAAAUGUUCUGCAAAGAAGAGGCUGAGGCAACUAUGCAACAUCACCUAUGACUGUAUUGAGACCCGCCCAGGACAGAAAGUGUUAGUGACUGUGACAACAUACUACAAAAACUCCACAAAGCGACCAUUCCAACGCUGGUAUGAGGUGGAAGGCCUGGAAGGUUUCAAAAGAAUGCGGAGAUUCAGCGUAUCUGUGGAUGGGCCAUCUCGAUUCAUCAAUGUCUCCAUACUACCAGGGCCCAGCAUAAAAACGAGACUGUGCUACAAACAACCUUCUGAAUGCACAGAGCUCGAGCCUCCUGUGUUUCACCUAAUUGAUACUUCAUAUUCUCUGACUGCCAAUCUCAGUUUCCCCUACCUGCUGCCCUGUCUCUGUGUGGAGGUGUAUCCCACUGAAACUGAUGCAGUACGAACAAAGCAUUGCCCCUUUGAGAACAAGCCACUGGCUGGUGGUAGAGACGUAUGGAUCUCCAGCUCUCAUGAAAUGUAUGACCAGACAUUGGUCUGGAAGCCGGUGUGCAGGUCUGCCUCCUUGAUGCCUUCUGCCUCCCUCUGCUGGCAAGUCCAGGAAAAUCCACUCCUCUGUCUCCCUGUCCCCAACUCCUCAUUACAGGUGGAAGACUGGAGGUAUAAUGUUUCCACUGUUGACCAACACCCUAAGAUGUGUGUGCAGUUCUCACUCAAUGGCACCUAUGAUGUUCGCUGCCCCUUCCGGCUAGGUCACCUGGAAUGGCAGGCAGUGAUUCUCCCAGCUGCCUGGCACUUCCGUGUGCGUCUCACUUCCAGUAUCCCAGCAUCCUUUUCUGCACAGCUCUGUAUCCUGGAGGGGGAACGGUGUGUUGCCAUAGGGGCUGUCCACUCUGUGAAAACUGAGAAUACCACAGAGACCGAGUUAAGGCUCCCUUUCACCACCCUGUCUACAGGACUCUGUGUUCAGGUGUGGAGAUCUGCACCCUUUCUCAUUGGCAGGAGACUGAUAUGCCCUCAGUCCUCACAUGGAAGAUUGGGUCUCAUUGCCAUGGCAUCAGUGGUUCUUGUUGUGUUCAUGAUGACUCUGGCAUGCCUGACUUACUGUGGUGUCAGAAGGGGGCUCUCAGAUUGGCAGCUGGGACAAAAGCCAGUCCUGCUGGUGUGUUCUUCAGAGCAGAUGCCACAGGUAUCUGCUGUGUGUGCUCUGGCCUCCCUCCUGCAGGGGGAGCUGUGCGCAGGGGUGCGGAUGGCACUCUGGGCCCAGAACACAGGUGGUGUGACCAAGCUGGGGCCUCUGCCCUGGCUCUAUGGGCAGUGUGAGGCUGUCAGAGGAGCAGGAGGCAGGGUCCUGAUCGCCUGGAGCCCGGAGGCAAGGGAGGCCUAUUGGCACUGGAAGAAAGAUGGAGCAAGAGAACAAUCGGAGGCAGAGAAAAAGCAUAGAAAAGAGAGUCAGAAAGACAUGAGGAAUAAUGAUUUGGUGGAGGAGGAAACAGCAAAAGUGCUCGGAGGGAAAAAGAGUGGACAUGCCAAAUCAGAUGGACAGAGGGAGCCCAGCCCAACAACUGUGCCCAUCCUGAGGGCAGCCCUGGCCUGCCUGGAGUGUGAGCUGCAGAGGGGUAGGCAGGGACAUGGCUUUGCACUGGUGUAUUUUGAAGGUCUGUCUCACAGCCAUGAUAUCCCGCUGGAGCUCAGGGGGGUCCCACGAUACUGUUUGCCCCAGGAUUUUGGAGGACUCGUGAGGGAGCUGCAUGGGGGUACAGUUGGAGGGGAGAAGGAAAAAGGGUGCGCGUGCUGGACUGGCUUGCUCUCCAAAAUCCUGGCCCUCCGAUUAGCACAAAGACUAAGGAUGUGGCUGCCGCAGAUGAGGCCACUGGAAGAGGAAGUGAUGGGCAUAACGGUUACGUUACCAUGGGAACCAGAGAGGGAAGAAAGGUCGUUCAGGCUGGCCAGGCUCCCAUUAUCAUGGCUCUUUAGAGAAAGGACAGCACAAACUGCCUGGUGGGAGAAGCAAAGUCUUACAAUGUCAACACAGAAAGGAAGAACUUGAAUUUCAUCUGGGCAUUGCAGACAGAAUUAUACACCCGUGGCAAUAUGAGGUGGGGCAAUGCUCAGAGAAGUCAGUCAUACAGAGCAUACAGUUGCCAAUAAGACCAAGGCCAAUCAGGAACACAGGAGACCACUGCACUCAUGACCUCUGUGCUGCACUGUAAAAAAGGUAUUCUGUGGAAGCCAUGAAGUUCAGCUCAGUGUUGAGCUAAUGUGUAUGCAUGCUUUAUCUCCUUUACCCUAAUACUGGGAGGGGGGGGAAUCAGCAGAACACACUGUCUGGUAACAAUGGUACCUUGUGGCAUAUAGUGAUUUGUAUGCUUUUCAGAAAAAAAAGAAUCCAUCCAUUCAUCAACCUAAAAAUGAAAGCAGUGAUUUGCCUUGCAUUUACAUAUUAUAGCCUGGAGCCAUUUAUCUAGAGCACAAUACCUGCAUGUAUGGAAAUCCAGUGAAGAACUAAAAAUGUAUGUAAAAGUAUAUUAUGUAUUAUAAAUGAAGUGAAUUGAGACAUUUAAGAGAUCCCUUUGGAUAUCUAGCUUGUAUGUUACAUCUUUCCUAGACUCUGAUUGGUUGGUAUCAUAUCUGUGUGUGCCCACUGCAUAGUGGUGCCUAAUUUCCAUACGAUCUGGCAGGCAGGGAAGGACCUAAAACAGUGGAACACCUGUCACCCACUCUGGCCAACCAGGUUCCCACUAUUUGCAUGUGUAAGCUACACGUAAAUGUCUGUGUGAGCAGUACUGGUGGACUACAGAGUGAGAAGGAGAGAAUUGCUUGACAUCACAUGUUUAGGAGGAGAGUGCAUCUUAUAGGUUGUAGUGAAGAGCACGAAUACCUGCAAACUGGACAUUGCAAAUGCAGAAAAUAUAGGGAAAUAAAACUAUUGCGUGUGCAGGGGGCCAAAAUAAAAUUUAGGCUCUUCUAUCAUAAUAUGUCUGGAAUGCUGUUCAUACUAUAGUUGUUAAACUAGAAAUAUGAUAAUUUGUUUUCUUGUAUUUUUCUGUUUGGAAUCUUACCAGGCGAGAAAGUUAUGCAAUGAGAUUCAUUUUAAAGAAGUGUUCCUUUGUUUCCUGGUAGUAGUUGACGUCUUGCAUUCCUGACAUAUUAAUCAAAGUGUGUCAGACCAAACAAGAUGUCUGUCCCAGGCGCAGUGCAGGGCUUGGGAACACUCAUGUAGUAGGUAAGCAUGGUGUAGUGGUGUGAUAUGACAAAACUGAACAAUUUAGAUUCCAAUAGACAAAAUCUGCCUGCCAACAGAGGAACAAAAUUAGCAUUAGUCUGCUAGUUGAUGAUGACCUGAAGGUUAAAAGGGUGUUUGGUGGGACUAUAUAUUCAAUACUAAAGAAAUUAUUAGUUACACAGGCCUAAAUUAUUGUUCUUACAGAUCUGCACGAGGGCUCACAUAAUCACACUAUGCACACUCAUACUGGGGAAUGUGCUGGGAGUACAAACACCAAUGGGACUUCCCCCUAUAACAAAUAAUAAAAAAAUAAAAAAAACAGUUGAUGGCAAACUUUGGACUCAUUCUCAUGGCAACAUCCAGUUAAUAUUUAAUUACAACAAGACAACUUUGUGUAGCAUACUGUAGCAGAUCCUCAGCUCUCUAUGCCAACUGGACUGUAAACACCCCACAUUAAUUCAGUGAAGUGUAUUCUUCCUCUAAUGAUACAGUACUCCACUGUUCAUCUCAUUCAGUUUCUAUUCUAUUGCUGAUAUAAUAUCCUUCAAAUAUCCUUCCAAACAGUUUUUCUUAUGAAUCAUUGUGUCUGUCUUAUCCUAAUAAUAAUAAUAAUAAUAAUAAUAAUAAUAAUAAUUUCCUCAUCAAUCAUCCAUCAUCCCGUCUUGCUGUAACCUACAGGUAGACCAGACGCCAUUUCAUCAUUGGUCUCUCAACAAGAUGGUAAUUUUCUUUCUUUUCACUCAAAAUGCAGUGGGUUGUCUGCCAAAAUCAGGACUGCAGUCUCUUAUGCCAUAUAUUUAUAUCUUAUAGUUCUGACGACAUGACCCAACAGGAUGUCUUUCAUGUUUUCAAAAUAAACAUAAAUAUUUUAGCUAUA